AGAAAGAAAUGAAAACAACAAGAGAAUUUAUUCCCACUUUGGAAAAAGGCAAAUUCCAUAAGAAAAUAAUUUUGCAGCAGUAUAACAAAAGAGCAAAAUUCUUUCAGAAUAUCAGCAACAAAUCUUUCUUCUUUAUUCAAUGAAAAGCAACUAAUCUCUGUCACUCCUUUAAUACAUGAUAGGCAACUUCUUGGAUCAAGGAUCAAGAAAUUGCGCAGUUUCUACCGUGACAAAAAAUCUAUCAGACAAAAAUGACUAAACAGGCAUAUGAGUUCUGUUUCUGUUACCGGCGCAUGUUCAAGCUGAGAAUGGCGGAGCCACCAGAGGAUAUUGUGAGCUUGUUCAACGAGUACUCUGACAACGGAGUGAUGACUGUCGAAAGACUGCACAAAUUUUUGGUAGAAUUUCAAGGCGAAGAUAAGGCUACACUUGAAUAUGCUCAAGCUAUUUUCAACAGUCUCAAACAUCACCAUGUCUUCCACAGGAGGGGCCUUCACCUUGACGCCUUCUUCAGAUAUCUAUUUGGGGACCUAAAUCCUCCUCUUGCACCUGUUGGGGUGCACCAUGACAUGAAAGCCCCUUUGGCUCACUAUUUCCUGUACACAGGCCACAAUUCUUACUUGACAGGGAAUCAGCUCAGCAGUGCAAGUAGUAUUGAUCCGAUCAUUAAAGCCUUAAGAAGCGGUGUCAGGGUCAUUGAGCUAGAUUUGUGGCCUAAUUCGAAAAAGAAUGAUGUGGAAGUUUACCAUGGAGGGACAAUGACUUCUCCAGUUGAACUUAUCAAGUGUCUGGAAGCAAUCAAGGAAAAUGCAUUUUAUGCUUCAGACUACCCUGUCAUUAUUACAUUUGAAGAUCACUUAGACUCUUUUCUUCAGGCUAAAGUCGCCCAGAUGGUCAAUACAACAUUUGGAAAUAUACUCUUUCCAGGCACAGAUUUUAUAGAAUUCCCUUCACCGGAAUCUUUGAAAAGAAAGAUUCUGAUAUCGACCAAACCACCAAAAGAAUCUGGUGACAAUAUCAGGGAAGAAGAAACAAAUGAACAAAAGGUUAAGGAUUUUACCGACAUUUCAGCACUUACAUUAGGAGAUAAAAGUGAAUCCAGAAACAUGAUCAAAGACGAUGAACAAAUUCAGGAAAAUGGGAUGGAAGAAGAAGAGGAAGAGGAGGAAGCAGUAAUUCCUGAAUAUAAGAAGCUGAUUUCAAUUCAUGCUGUGAAGCAGAAAGGUGGUCUGGAAAGCUUACUCAAAGGUGAUUCCAAGAGGGUUGCACGUUUGAGUCUGAAAGAGCAGAAGCUGGAAACUGCAGUAAGGACUCGUGCAACUGAUAUCAUCAGAUUUACCCAGAAGAAUCUUCUAAGAGUAUAUCCAAAAGGUACGCGGAUAUUAUCCUCAAACUACGAUCCUUUCAUUGGCUGGACACACGGAGCUCAAAUGGUUGCAUUCAAUAUGCAGGGAUACGGAAGGUACCUAUGGAUGAUGCAAGGAAUGUUUAGAGCAAAUGGUGGUUGUGGCUAUCUGAAAAAGCCAGAUUUCCUUUUGAAAAAUGGUCCAAAUAAUGAGGUUUUUGAUCCCAGCAUAAAAGGGAAAGUCAAGAAAACUUUAAAGAUAAAGUUAUACAUGGGGGAUGGAUGGCAUUUGGAAUUCCACCACACACAUUUUAACCAAUAUUCGCCGCCAGAUUUCUUCACUAAGCUUCAAAUAUUGGGAGUACCAGUCGAUAGGAGGAAGGUGAAGACGGUGCCUAUAGAAGAUCAGUGGGUCCCCCUAUGGAACGAGGAGUUUGAGUUCCAAUUAACGGUUCCUGAACUAGCCCUCUUAAGAAUUGAAGUUCGUGAUUAUAACAUGAGCAGAAGGCAUGACUUUGGUGGGCAGACUUGCUUGCCUAUCUCAGAGCUUCAGGGUGGCAUCCGAGCAAUUCCAUUGUAUAACAAGAAGGGGGAGAAAUACAAGUAUGUAAAACUUCUUAUGUGUAUUCAGUUAAUAGGAAAGUAGGGAACUAACUUACAAUAAUUUGUAGUUUUUUCGCCAUAGUCCAUAGUUGAGAUGGGGAUCACAGUGUCCUGAGAUGUGUUAUGUGAACCCAGGAAUAUAGAAAGUAUAUGAUUGUUGUAUCCAAUGAUGCUUCCAUUGCUGAGAACCUCCUUUUAUCUUAUAUAGGGAAGUUAUCUUA